GUUGAAAAUCUACAGCGGCAGGAAAUAUUAAAAAUAUGCCAUGUGAGUUUAUAUCAGCGAGAUAAGAUGGAAAUUCACCUACUUUUAUCUUUAAUAACAAACUGGAUACUAAAUGUUGCGGGUGUGCCAGCGAAGUCAGUGAUCGGAUGCAUUGUGUCGAGUGUGUCAUCGUUCUGACUAAUUAUUGCGCUUAUUUGUUUUUUCUUUUAAUUAAACUUGAAAAUAAUUUCCGUUAGUAGAUUUUUAGCAAGAGAUUUGUAAAAAAAGAGGGCGUUUGUUGCUUUGGAUGGUAAUUUUUUUCAAUAAUAUCGGUGUUAUUUGCAAUUUAAAAGAAAGUUUUCGAUUAACGUAGUUUCCUAGAAAAGGAUUAUUUGAAAAGUCGAUGUAUAUUGUAUUGUCUACACCGACAGGCAGCUGGUUACCUGUACACACCUUUCGAUGACGACACGCAGGUAUACAAACGUGUUUAAUCGCUAAAACAUGGCGCUGCCUAAACAACAACAGUUUGAAUUAGUAUUAUUGUUAGUGAUAGUGUUCGUUAGUGAAAUAAUAUUGGGACAAUACGACCAAUACGGUUACCAAGAACAAUUCCCCCCUAAUAAACAAAACCCUUAUAAUAUAUACGGGCAGCAAAAUCAACCGUAUAAUAUUCCGAAUCCAGGUGAUAAAGACUACAGGACGUUUGUUUACAAAGGUAGAAGAUACGGACAACAAAACAAUUAUUAUUACGGUGUCCCAGGCGAUCCCAGAAUACGAGGACAAGACGAGAGGUUUUUUUACGAUAGACAAGGAAACGCACAACCCAUCCUCCCGGGUGUACUAGGUGGUUGGCGGGAAGAUCUCCAGGGUAAAAGAAGAGAGCAAACUAAGGAAUUGAAACGAGAUAUUUUCGUUAAAACCACUCACGGGGAAGUCCAGGGCUUUCAGCUGUACAUAUUUGACAAUCCCGAUCCAGAAUCUCUAUACAGACCCGGUUCCGAAUUUAUUGAACGGCAACAGGGAAUCGCCUCUGUGUUCCUGGGGAUACCCUACGCCCAACCACCAGUGUAUGAAGGUAGAUUUAAGCCACCUAGGUUGCAUCGAGGGUGGCAAAUAGUCCAGGCGGUGGACUAUGGGCCGGCAUGUCCGCAACCGAUCAAAUAUGUCGGCGUCACAAAUGGAGUUCGCGACAUGGACGAAGACUGUUUAUAUCUCAACAUUUUUACACCGGACAUCCACGAAGGGACGGCCCAAAAAUAUCCGGUAAUGGUGUAUAUUCACGGCGGGGAUUUUAUUCACGGAGCUUCAAAUUUAUUCCCGGGCCACAUAUUAGCCACGUUUUACAAAGUGGUGGUAGUGACAUUUAAUUACCGAUUGGGAGCGUUGGGAUUUCUCAGUACUGGGGACAUCAAUUCACCCGGUAAUUACGGUGUCUUAGACCAAGUGAUGGCUCUGAAAUGGGUAUACGAAAAUGCCGAAAAUUUUAACGGAGACAGAGAAAGCAUUACGUUGUUCGGGCCUGGAGCCGGAGCUGCCUCUGCUGGGUUGCUUAUGGUCGCCCCGGAAACUAGGAAUAUCGUUUCCAAAGUGAUCGCUCAGAGCGGAUCGGCCGUUGCUGAUUGGGCGAUGAUUUUCGACCGUUACAGAGCGCAAAACACGAGCAGAGUUUACGGCAGACAAAUCGGUUGCAGUAUAGAGUCAUCUUGGAGACUAGUGAACUGCUUGAAAAAUUCAAGAAGUGCCAUCGAAAUUGGAAAUGCGGAAUUUCCGCCAGACGUGGGCCUAUUUCCUUGGGCACCCGUUAUUGAAAUGAACGUUUCUAUGCCUUAUUACGAGGGAUGGUACGAGAAAGAUUGGCACUUGAUAAGCGAAAGCGUGGAAGAUUUAAUACGAAAACGCAUGUUCAACAGAGGACUCAGAUACAUGAGCAGUGUGACGUUACAAGAAGCGGCAACAUUUCUCACUUCUAAUGAAACGUUGAAGCCGCAUUUCGAAAUCGACCAACAAUUCUUCGACCAAAAGGUUUGGGAACUUGUCCUGCGAUACAAUUACACUCUAAACCCGAACGGUACCUUCGACGCCAUUAAAUAUAUGUAUACGUACUGGCCCGACCCGCAAAACACGACUAUGAUUCGCGAAAAAUAUAUACAGUUAUUAUCCGAUUUUCUCUACACCGCGCCCAAUGACAAAAUGAUCAAACUUCUAGUCGAACAAAACGUACCAGUUUACAUGUACGUAUUAAACACAACAAUAGAGUCCUUCGGAUAUCCCGAAUGGAGGAAAGUGCCUCAUAAUUUGGAGCAUUACCUGUUGUGCGGGGCGCCAUUUUUAGACGUCGAAAUGCUACCGCCGAAAGAACGAUUCGUGAGGGAUCAAUGGACGAGAAACGACAGAAACAUGAGCCAUUUUUUCAUGAAAGCGUAUUCUGAUUUCGCCAGAUACGGAAAUCCGACUUACACGCAAAUAUUGGGGUUGCAUUUUGAGGAAUGCAAGCAUGGACAACUGAAAUACCUUAAUUUGAACACCACGUAUAAUUCUUCGGUGAUGUGGAAUUUUCGGCAAACCGAAUCAGCUUUUUGGACGAAUUAUCUGCCCACGGUGGUUGGUCAUUUGAUUCCUACAUAUCCGCCGACCACAGAAUUCUGGUGGGAACCACGGACGCCGCUGCAAAUCGCGUUCUGGAGCAUGUCCGGAUUCUGUUUGCUACUGAUCGUGCUCCUGGUACUUUGUUGCAUGUUGUGGAGGAACGCUAAGAGAUCUUCUGAUAGGUACUACAAUCCAUUUCUGUAUCCCUCCGAUACGGAAAACGAGGAAGGUAUAGAAAACCGUCGAACCCCAGACGACUAUCCCGAAAAGUACAAAACAAAAGUGGCGCCACCGCGGACAGAUAGCGCAUCGUCAUUCCAAACAGUCUCCUUAAAAGAAAUGCAGGGAUUUGUCAGCACGACGCCCAGUAGCGAACCGCCGAGAAAAGGAACACCCGUAAUGGUACCGCGAAGUCGAAGCAAAUCCCAAUCUCAAAUGUUACAAGGCGGUGUUCCUCAGACUGACGUAUAAAUGGACAUGAAAAUUUGUCGCCAGUUUUUCAAUUUUUCUCGCUACUAACGUCGACGGCAAACCGCCAGUACCAUUUUAAUUUAUAGAACCAUGUUGCCCCAGGUUUAAGUGUUUGGUGCCAAUAAAAGCUAGUUUGCGAAUUGCAAUUUUAACAUCGCCAAUUGUGUUCGUAGUACGAACGAUUAAACUAUGCCGUCCAUGGAUGUUGUUAAAAAAUACGUUAAUGUUUGUAUAUUUUGGAGAUGCUCCAUUUUUUACUAAUUGUUAUUUAUAUACAUUAGAUGUGUAGUAUUAAGUUGUAUAUGUAUAUAUUGUAAACUUAAGCUCGUAGUUAUAGCCAAAGAAAUUUUUUUUAUAUGCGCACAUGCCUUUUUUCCAUGACCAUAUUUACACGUAAUAUGAACAAUAGAAAUACAAUGAAUCAGAUCUCAAAUAAAACAAUA